GACGGUAUAGUUGUAUAGACAGUGAACGCAUCACAGCCAGCCUGUUGUCAGGCGAACCGCCGCUAACCUUACCACCCGCCUGCGGCUAAGUUAGACUGUAUCCUGGGUCUGGCAUCGCUUUCCCUACGACUGGAGAGUAAGACGAGCAUCACCACUCCCUCACGAACAUGUUUGGAUAUAUCUGGGAGUAUGUCUACACAUCCUUCCUGAGAUACUGGUUGAAAUGGCUCAUCAGACAAGUAACGGGGACAUGUGAGCUGCAGAGAAUAUGCUCUGGACACAAGCCAGGGGCAGCCAGGACUACAAAAGCAGAGUACUCUCUUCAGUCAUCAAAGAACAAGGUUUUAAGAGGAGCGUUGGAAACCACUAAGGAUAGCUUAGAGCAAUGUGUGGAUCAAAUUAUGAAAGCGAAGAACAUCAAACCUGCAAAAGAUCCCAAGUUCAAAGAGAGCCUCCACAUCUGCCUGCUGCAGAUAACAGGAUACAGCAGCUUGUAUAUAUCUGUAGAAGACUUGAGAAAGGAAGUCUUCAGCUCAGACAACCCUGAACACGAGGCCAUGCUUUUGAAGGUUGGCUUCUACAGCCAUUUUUUCAGUGAAAACUACACAGCGGAGGCUCGGCAGGUGUUGUCUCAUGCAAACCAUCCUAAACUAGGGUAUUCCUAUGCAAUAGUUGGGAUCAACUUGACAGAGAUGGCUUACAGCCUGCUAAAGAGUGGCGCUUUGAAACCACAUUUCUACAACGCAGUGCAGGGCACGCCUGAGCUCCAGCACUUUCAUCAGCUGUACUGCUAUCUGGCGUAUGAAUUCGAUAAGUUCUGGGUGGCAGAAGAACCCGAGAGCAUCAUGCAGUUCAACCAAUACAGAGAAAAAUUCCAUAACAUAGUCAGGACACACCUACAGGACCCUGGUGUGUGUCUCACAUUGACUGUCGGCUCCAAGAACUAAAAGCGUUUUUCACGAUGUUACGAUUGGUAGAAGGAGAAGCAGGAGAGUUCCUCGUAAACGUAGCUGAGCAUUAAAACCCUAAACGCAGACUGAAUACUGUUCGGCCCCUCCAGACAAGAUCCAGACCAAUAAAUCCUCUUGUGUUUGGUUUUGUGGUUCAUUCAUAACGCGCGUAUCAUUGUUGUAAUGAUAUUUAAAGUUUCUCAAACUGAGCACAAAUCCAACGCCCUGUACCUCAAAAACAAUCAUUCCAGAGGGCUUUCGAUCACAAAGAGGACUGUAGAGAAAGUAAUGGAUCCGUCGUUUUGUGAGGCUUUAAGCACUUUGAGUGAGCAAGCAGCCAAAUUGUUAUAUUUAAAGACAGGAAAGGACAGAAGUCCUGCUCAGGAAUUUGAAGUUUAUGUUAAGAGAUAAUGGCUAAAACUUGAUGUGAGGAGUGAUUUCCACUUAAUUUUUCCUCUUGUGGUGCUGUCAGCUUAAAAGUCUUGCAUGAUUUAACGUGUCCCCACUGAUGUCAUUGAUCUGUACUGUAAAAUGUACUGUUAGUGAUGUGGAACUCUAAACUAUACUAAGCUCCUGUUUUCAUAACGUUGUGUAUCUUUAGACUGAUGCUGAAUUUUUAUGACCUGAUCUUUUUAUGCCGUGGGUUUACAUUUGAGGAAUGUAUGUAAUGACUCACAUCUCACUCACUCCAAGUUAGUAAAUGCAGAUUUGUUUUGAAA